AGUAGUAGUUGGGGUAAUGGAGAAGGCAACUCUGGCGGUUUUGGUUUGGGGGUUAGUUCUCCUGACGGCGUUUGUCCCGGGAGAAGGUCAGAUUCAGAUUCCGUCAAGGCUGGACGGGUUCUGGUACGAGGAAAGAGCAGCGGGGAUAAACUCCGUUGCGAUAGAGGCGUUUCUUGACCCGGUCUGCCCUGACAGCAGAGACUCGUGGGGCCCCCUCAAGCGGACUCUCCGUCAAUACGGCUCUCGCCUCUCACUUCUCGUCCACCCCUUCUCUUUGCCUUAUCACGACAAUUCAUUUGUUUGUUCCCGAGCUUUGCACGUAGUGAAUCAGUUAAAUCGUUCAGCCACUUAUCCCUUGCUCGAGUCUUUCUUCAAGCACCAGGAACAAUUUUACGGCAAAUCGACUUUGAACUCGUCUAAAGCAUCAGUUGUAGAUCACGUUAUCAAAUUUGCUGCCAAAACAGUGGGAGAUUCCUUGUACCGUCAACUCAAGUAUGGGUUUAAUGACACUAAGACUGAUCAAGCAACCAGAAUUUCCUUCAAGUAUGGGUGCGUGAAGGGGGUUUAUGGGACACCUUUUUUCUUUGUGAAUGGCAUUCCAUUAUCGGAUGGUGGCUCUCCGUUGGAAUAUAAGAAAUGGAAAGACAUCAUCGAUCCACUGCUGCGCUGAAGAUUAUGCUUUUGUUUUAUUUUACGUAAUGUUAAAUUGUGUCAUACUCUCCAAAAAUCACGAAUUGAUCAACCUAUAUUGUAAUGGUUAUACGGUUAUACCUGAAUAAAUGAAUAAUUCCUUUGAUCUAAGUACUGGAUUAAUCAAUUUCAGCUUGAAGCUGGGUUAUCUUACU